UUUUUUUUUUUUUUUUUUUUUUUUCCAGGCUGAGAAAAAAGACGGAGAAAUGUUAGAAGCUCUUAUGGAUCGAGAAGAGGAUCGUUGCUUUGGACGAAAAUGCGAGCAUUCAGAAGAAUGUUGCAAGGGUGCAGCAUGCGUAGAUAUAGAAGGAGCUUCAGGCACUUGUUUACCCAUCUUCCGCAAAGUUUCCUAUCAGCCUUGCAAAGAAGAUUCAGAAUGUGGAUCUGGUCUCAUCUGUGCGGAUUCUGGUACUGCUGGACCUCUCAAAACUUGCCAAUUAGAAGAAAGAUCCAUCAAAAAGAAGACACUUCGAAAUUUAGGAGAAGAGUGCACAACAAGUGAGGAAUGCAAAAACUCUGAAGGGGAAUGUUGUCAUAAUUCUGGAUUCCCUUUUUAUAGAUCUUCUUGCCAACUAUAUUUUGACACGUAUGAUUGCAUUGGACCCGUAUCUCCUGAUGCUAAACCGGCACCUAUGUCAUAUUUUGAUCCUCUUAAUCAGCCCAGAUUAGGUUAAAAUUUCAACAUUCUUUCCCUUAUUAAAACUGUGUUACGACAAGAAUAACGACUAGAAAACGCGAACACUUAUCUAUUUUUAGACUAUCUUUCAAUUUAUAAGUGUAAACAAUAAAGAAACAAUAAAGAAAACAUAACGCUGAAAAAAUAAAUGAUAUACAUAUUACAUGAAUGGAUGUUUGAUUACAUUACGGAUGUAAAGAAUUAAUAAAUAUUUUGUCAGUGUCGA